AUGACGAUGACGACUAUGACGACGAUGGUAGGUGUAGCUGCGCUUCCGAACCAGGUGUUCAAGAAAGUGCACGACGCGGGUUCUGUGUUCAAUAUGCUGGUGUGUGGUGAAAGUGGUCUUGGGAAGACCACUUUCAUCAACACUUUGUUCCCUGGGUUGAAGCAGCGCAAGGGUAAGAAGGUGUCCACUGAGGCAGUGGACAUUGUGAGGGCGCAAUUGACGGAGAAAGGCUUUACUAUGCGGUUUAAUGUCGUCGAUACGCCUGCGUUUGGGGACAAAGUCGACAACAACAGGGCGUGGCAGCCCGUUGUGGACUUCAUAGACGACCAGUACGACUCGUACCUGAGACAGGAGCAGCAGCCCUUCCGCGACGUGCGGUUCGACUUCCGUGUGCACGCGGUGUUGUACUUCAUCAGGCCCACGGCGCACGGGCUCAAGCCGCUGGAUAUAUGGACCAUGAAGCACUUGUCGCAGAGGUGCAACUUGAUCCCUGUGAUCUCCAAGGCAGACACGCUGACCGCACAGGAGCUGCAGCUGUUCAAGUCGAGGAUAAGGCAGGUGAUUGAAGCGCAGGAGAUUGCGAUCUUCACGCCGCCUCUAGACUACACCGACGGUGCCGAAGGCGCCGCCGGUAGCUUGGACGAGGCCAAUGCCCCUGCGUUGGAACACGCAAGACAGCUGAUCGAGUCGAUGCCCUUCGCCAUAGUGGGCUCUGAAGAUAGGUACGACAACGGCUCGGGCACUAUGGUGCUGGCCCGUAAAUACCCAUGGGGCCUGGUCGAAGUGGAGAACGAUGAGCACUGUGACUUCAGGAAAUUGAGAGCACUGCUAUUGGGCACUUACAUGCUGGACCUGAUCACUUCCACAGAACAAACACAUUACGAAAAUUACAGAAGGACACGCUUAGAAGGUAUAAAUAGAGACGAACCCAACGACAGCGAGAAACUUGCCUCGCUCACGUACAAGACUCCAGCUAGAAAGCUUUCGAAUAAUCCAAAAUAUAAAGAAGAAGAGAAUGCUUUGAAGAGUUACUUCACUGAGCAAGUUAAAGCUGAAGAACAUAGAUUCAGGCAAUGGGAGCAAAAUAUCAUAAACGAAAGAACAAAGCUAAAUGGUGACCUGGAAGAGAUUCAGGCCAAGGUGAAAAGAAUGGAAGAGGAAGUUAGAAGACUACAAGCCAGAAAGCAUUGA